AUGUUUCAAGUGUAUCCGAGAUACCGCUCCGGAUCACAAGGAUUGCGAGGUGAGCCGGGUUCAGUAGGUCCACCAGGAGAGAAAGGCCUGCCGGGCGAAAUUGGUCGACAAGGAAUAAAAGGAGAAGAUGGCCCCGAUGGAACAACAGGUCCUGCGGGACCGCAAGGUCUUCAAGGGCUCCCAGGCCCGGCCGGUUUAAAGGGUGAAAUAGGAGAUAUUGGUCUAGUAGGACCCGUUGGUCCUGCUGGGCCACCUGGCGAACCUGGAAUUAGAGGAGGAAAAGGAAUUGAAGGAGUUACUGGGCCCCCAGGGCCUGAAGGUCCUCAAGGCCAAAAAGGAGAUUCCGGUAUGCCAGGGAUAAGUGGGUCACCUGGAAUAGAAGGGAAACCUGGCGAGAAGGGUUCGCUUGGAUCUAAAGGAGAUGAAGGAAAAAUGGGCCAUCAAGGCGCACCAGGGCCGAGGGGAGUGGUUGGUCCGGAAGGGCCUAAAGGGUCCGCUGGUCCUCCAGGAUUUCCAGGUCCUCCGGGAGUACCUGGCGAAAUAGGACCCAAGGGCGAACCAGGAAAAGAAGGUGCAGAUGGCAAGCAAGGAGAUGCCGGAGAACCAGGUGAAGCGGGUCCUCCUGGAAAAGUAGGACCCGCAGGUUCGCCAGGGAAACAGGGUCCCGAAGGUCCAGCUGGUUUUCAAGGAAACACUGGAUUACCUGGUGAUAAGGGAGACAAAGGAGUUCCUGGACCCAUUGGGUUGCAAGGACCCGUUGGCCCUCAAGGUGUUCCUGGAACGCAAGGUGUAGCAGGCCCAAGAGGAUCUCCUGGACCGGCGGGAGAUGUGGGUCCACCAGGUAAAGCCGGUGGUGAUGGUCUCCCUGGUAAAACGGGCGAAACCGGUCCCAAAGGCGAGAAAGGGGAAAGAACACGAAGAGGCAUGAAAGGACAUAGAGGAGACAUUGGCCCGCCUGGUAUUAAGGGUGAAAUGGGCGAAAAAGGUGAACCUGGUCCUAAGGGGCCUAUAGGACCGGAGGGGAAGAAAGGGGAAAUUGGUCCUAUUGGAAAUAUUGGGUUAAAAGGGAAUGAUGGACCUCCAGGUCCCAUGGGUAUCGAAGGUCCUACAGGACUCAAAGGCCUAUUGGGUCCUACAGGAGUUAAAGGUGAAGCAGGUCCCCCUGGACCUCCGGGGCCUCCUGGUCCACCUGCUGAUAUGCCUUUACUACCACCAGAACUCUUAUUCCAACAAGAAUUAUCCAGAUCACGCAGAAGUGUGGAAAGUUUAAUAAAUGAUUUUGAGAAAGAUUUAAAGUAUAUUAAUCCCCAAAUCGCUGGACAAAAUAAACUAAGGGACGAGGAUUUGAAAUUUUUGGAUAUGUAUAACAGCAUAUAUAGUAUGAGACAAGAUUUAGAUCGCAUUAAAAAACCUUUAGGUACAAAAGAAAACCCUGCAAGGAGUUGUAAAGAUCUAUUCUAUGGACAUCCACAAUAUUUGAAUGGUUGGUAUUGGAUUGAUCCAAAUAGCGGCAUGCCAGAUGAUGCCAUAUAUGUGUAUUGCGACCUAUCGAACGGUGGAGAGACAUGCGUACCUCCAGAUGUACACAGCGCCCAUAUGCCUAAUAUUCCAUGGAGGAAGGAGGGAAAUUCGAAUAAUUGGUAUUCAAACUUGCGAGGUGGUUUUAAGAUAACAUACGAGACAGUAGGUGUUGUGCAGAUGACGUUUUUAAAAUUGCUCUCUCAGGACGCAUACCAAAAUUUUACCUAUUCGUGUAUUAAUGGAGUCGCGUGGUACAAUUCAAAAACAAUGAAUAACGAUCUCUCAAUAAAGCUACUAGGAGAAAAUGAACAAGAAUUUUCCAAUACGGCAAUAAAACCAAACGUUCUUAUCGACGGGUGUAAAACGAGAACAACCAAAAGUGAAACAAUCUUUGAAAUUCGUACCAAAAAAUUAAGUCAAUUACCGAUCGUCGACUUUUAUCCCGUUGAUUACGGUAGUUCUAACCAAGCGUUUGGUUUCUUAGUUGGUCCUGUAUGCUUCAAAUAAAAUCAUCAAGAGGACAUUAUACCCAUUACAGCGCUACAACCAUAUUGUACCACUAAUUAUAUGUAGCUACCUGUAUCUUUAAGAAAAUGUAAACAUUUAUAUUUUCUAUUCCUUAUACACUUCACUGCCAUUACUAUACAACUAAUUCAAAAAUUGUGGUACAUACCUACAUGUUAAAACCUUUGCAAUACCUAUGAUGCUCAAAAAAUUGGAAAAUGUUGUAUAAAAGUUAGAUAUGAAUAAAAAUAA